GUCUUGCUAAACUAUCUUUUUUCUGUAGAUAAGGCAUGUCGGAUCGGUGGGCGGCAGUUUUUCCGAUACAGUGCGUACAAGCCAAUCAUAGCAUUCUAUUAUCGCUCACCCCUGUACCUUCGGGGGUGUGUGGUUUAAUCCACCGAGAUUUUCGAAGUGGCAUUCAACUUCAGCUCACGACGGCCUCGAGACGAGCGUCCUAGAACCGGCUCAAUUGGCGUCAAUUCGACGAUAGGCGUCGUUCUCGCCAUCGAUAUCUAAGAAAAGUCUCUCAGACCUCAUUUUUGGGGUACUAUUGCACACAAUGGCGACCGCCAAUUCGCUUCGAUGCCUGAUGAGGCCGACUAUUCCCAGGGCUCCACGAAUUCAACCAGUCCUCCUCGCCCCAUUUUCAACUUCAAGCGCUGUUCUCGCCGUCUCAGCUCCUCCGGCAAUCAAGAGCCGUCGAGACCUUCCCCAGAAGGUCAAGAAAUCCUAUAAGAAACGUGCCAAUGUGACGCCUGUCCGAAAACCUCAGCCUGGCGAGCGAAAGGCCUUCCGAAAGCGCAUCCAGCUCAGCAACAACAGUGCUCUGCCUGUCACAGGCCUUGAAAAUUUGGAUGCCAGUAACAUGACCAAGGAUGAAAGUGCUGGAAAGAUGUUUGCCAUUCCUGAUCAGGUGGUGGAUCAUCUCCGUGCCCUCGAGGCUUUCAAGCCGACACAGACAUGGAACCUCUUCCGAAAACCCCACGUUCUGCAGCGCAAAGAGACAGUAGAGUUGAUGAAGAAGCUUGAGCUAUCGGCUAAGGAGAAGAAGGCUCUUAAGUGUGUGUUGACGGGUAGUAAGUUGUCUGGAAAGAGUAUGGCCAUACUACAAGCUAUGGCAUAUGCGCUUCUUAACAAUUGGGUGGUGUUUCAUAUCCCUGAAGGUCAGGAUCUGACCAACGGUAACACUGAAUACUCACCCAUUCCCGAGACUGAGCCAAUGCAAUUCUCUCAACCCAUCUAUUGUCUCAAGAUGAUCCAGAGUCUCUAUAGAGCUAACCGCGUCGUUCUUGAAAAGCUCAAUAUCGAGAAGGACUGGUCCAAGUUCACUAACCUCAAGGAGGGCGCUACCCUGGCUGAUCUGGCCCUCAGCGCAAAGGAGGCCGAGUACGCAUGGCCAACCCUCCUUGCCCUAUGGACUGAGCUCACCCUCCCUGGACGACCUCCUGUGCUCUUUGCCCUCGACGGUCUUGCCCACAUCAACAAGAUCAGUGAAUACAGGGACCCCUGGUUUAACGAGGUUCAUGCCCAUGAGUUGACUCUUGUGCGUCUCUUCAUUGACGCCCUAUCUGGCAAGGCUUCUCUCCCUAAUGGCGGUGCUGUCAUCGCCGCUACCUCAGAGAACAACUCCCAUCACCACCCCUCACAAGAGCUUGUUCUCUCACAGCUCGAGGCUGGCCAGGCUGGCCGCGAAAUUCCCAAGCCUGAUCCCUACGAGCGCAAGUACGACGAGCGUGUGUACGAGGCCCUCAAGAACAGCUGGGUUCUCCGUCUGGAGGGUAUCACAAAGGACGAGGCUCGUUCUUUGAUGGAGUACUGGGGCGCCAGCGGGCUGUUCCGCCAUGUUCUCAAUUCAAGGACAGUCUCUGAGAAGUGGACCGUGGGCGGCCACGGUAAUGUUGGUGAGAUGGAGCGUGCAGCGUUGAUGCAAAUGAGGCUGUAAAUGUAUUCUAGAAAUGUACAAUACUGGUGUUUGAAACCCAAAAUAGGCAAUACUUCAUUGCAAAGCAUUUGUCUUACAGGAACGAUUAGUGCUUUAUGCCUUUGAAUCACAGCUGAUUCAUUGGUUGGUG